AUGGCAAAUGUUUGCCCUCAUGAACCUUUAAAAUUGUAUAUUGCAGCAUCCAUGAAUACGAUUGGGUGUAUGUUGGCUCAAGAUGAUGAAAAUGGACAUGAACGAGCCAUCUAUUACCUUAGUCGAGUAUUGACUGAUAUCGAGACAAGAUAUUCACCCAUCGAAAAAUUGUGCUUGUCCUUGUACUAUGCUUGUACAAAGUUAAAGUGCUAUAUGGUAGCCAAACUUGUGAAAGUUAUUGCACAAACUAAUUUAGUUAAAUAUAUGUUGACAUAUCCAAUGUUGAGAGGUCGAUUAGGUAAAUGGAUGUUGGCUUUAACAGAAUUUGAUCUGCAAUAUAUCCCAGCAAAAGCUAUGAAAGGUCAGGGGGCAAAUAUAGUUGAUGUCCACGUCGACUAUUGGAAGUUGUAUUUUGAUGGUUCGAAACAUAAAGAUGGUACUGGAGUAGGGAUUUUAAUUAUUUCACUAGAGGGAAUUCCAUCAGAAUUUUUGUUUGAGUUAAAGUACCCUUGUUCGAAUAAUGUGGCUGAAUAUGAGGCUUUAAUACUGAGUUUCGAAAUCUUGGUUGAAAAAGGGGCUACAGAAGUUCAAAUCCUUGGGGAUUCUCAGUUAGUUUUGAAACAGUUAUCGAAAGAAUUCAAAUGUAACAAUAAAAAGUUGCAAAAGUAUUUAGCAAUGGCAUGGGAAUUGUUGACUUCUUUUCAAAAAGUUUCAUUAGUCCAUAUUCCGAGAAUUCAAAAUAAAAUUACCAAUGAGUUAGCUCAAAUUGCUUCGAGAUAUAAGAUAUUCCCAGGAACACUAAGAAAGCUGGCAAAAAUUUGCCAAAUUUUGGUGCUUGUUGAUGAAAGAGAAGCUUUAUGCUUAGAUGAAUGGAAAGAUGACGAUUGGAGAAAACCCAUUGCUGAUUAUUUAAAUAAUCCCAGUGUUCGAGUUAAUAGGAAAAUAAAUUUGAAAGCAAUGAAUUUUGUGUUGAUGGCUGAUGAAUUAUAUAAGAAAGGAAUCGAUGGAACCCUUUCGAGAUGUUUAAGUCAAGCCGAUAAAGAUAUUGCUUUAGGAGAAGUCCAUAGAGGUAUAUGUGGUGCUCAUCAGGUUAGGAUAAAAAUGAAAUGGUUUUUACGUCAAAAUCAUGUUUAUUGGCCUUCUACGAUUAAAGAUUGUAUCGGUUAUGCAAAGGCGUGUCAAGAGUGUCAACGCCAUGGAGUGGUACAACAAAUCCCAACAUCUGAGUUGCAUUCGAUUAUUAAGCCUUGGCCAUUUCGAGGUUGGGCUUUAGAUCUAAUUGGGUUGAUACAUCCCCCUUCGUCAAAAAAUCAUAAAUUUAUCUUAGUGGCAAUAGAUUAUUUUACAAAGUGGGUUGAAGCUAUUUCUCUAAUAGAAACUGGGCAGAAUGAAGUGAUAGACUUUAUCGAGGAGUAUAUAAUUCAUCGAUUUGGAAUUCUUCAUACCUUAAGUAUUGAUCAAGGAACUAUGUUUACUGUUUUGCCAUUAAAGAUUAAUCUCAAUACCUUGAGAAUUUUGAGGCAGGAUGAUUUGCCAGUUGAUGAUUACUGGAAUGCAAUGUAUGAUGAGUUAAAUGAUUUAGACUCAGAGCGUGUUUUAGCACUUGAAAAUAUGAUUCGACAAAAAGAAAGUGUUGCUCGAAAUUAUAACCGUCAAAUAAAAGAGAAAUUUUUCAGUAUAGGAGAGUUGAUUUUGAAAGUUAUAUUGCCAAUAGAAAAGAAGUCGAGAUUUCUUGGCAAGUGGUCCCAUACUUGGGAAUGA